AAGCAGCAGAAAAGAAACAGCCACAACACUUUCGCGCACUACCACCACACAAAGUGGGGUUAGAAAAAAAAAAUAAAUCGCAAAAAAAAAGAAGAAAAAAAAACGACACUCAAUCGAGAUCGACGUGAAAAAAGGCAAAAAAAACUCUCAUCAAAAAAGCAAAAAAAAAGAAUUUUUUUUUUUUAGAUUUCAAUUGUCAAAGGGUUCCUCCAUCCUCCAUACAUAUAUCCGAAAUCCAUUGUUCCAAUCCCGUGAAAUUCUCUUUACAUUAUUUUACGAAUCGGACGUCGUCGUCGUUGUCGUCGUUCUUCUUACAUUUUUACAACACACUUUUUUUUCCUUCUUCUUUUUUGUGUGUGCAAAAGCGUGUGAAUCUUCUCUUUUUUUAUUUUGUUGGGACAACCUCAGAAACAAAAACGUCGUCUUAAAAAAAGUUUUUUUGGAGAAAAUUAUGUCAGCACCACCCUCGAAGCAAUUAUCAGCAAAUGCUCCCGAGUUUAUACCACGAGGAUAUACGCUCAAUAUUAUUCAUAACAUAACAAAUAAUUUAGCUCCUCCUCAACCAGGUCCAGGUAAUAACUUUCCCCAACAACAACAGCAGCAGCACCAGCAUCAUCCCCAACAACAACACCACCAUCAUCAUCAGCAGCAGCCACACCAUCAUCAUCACCAUCAACAGCAGCAGCAUCAUCACCAUAACCAUGGCCAGGCAGCUGCAAUGAGAGAUUUACCUCAUCAAAUGAAUUCCAUGAGACUGAGCAACAACGCGGCUCCUUCUGUACAAGAACGUCUGCAGGUUAAUCGCGGCGGCGGCGGCAAUCCUCAACAGCAGCACUACCAGCAGCAACCCCAUCCUCAGCCUCAUCACUACAACAACAUGCACAACCAACAGUUCCCUGGUCGUGGAGGUGGCGGUGGCGGCGGAGGCGGCGGUGGCUACAACAAGCAUCAUCAGCAGCAACAACAUUACAACAACUCGCAGCAACAACAGCAUCGUUAUGCCAAUGGAGGAGGAAGCGGCGGCCAACACCCGCAACCGCGUCAUUCUAGUCAACACUCUAGCAAUUCAAAUGCCAACUCGAACGCCGCCAACAACAUGAACAACCAGCAACAGUCGCAGCAGCCACAACAACAAAACUCUACCAACACCACCACGGCAACCGGAACGCCUGCAAGCUCCGAUCCCAACCAACAAACCGAGGAGGAAACAUUCGCCGUCAACUACGUCGAAUCUCUAAUCAACUGCCUCAACGAGAAUCCCGGCUCAUUUGACUCUAUCACCGCCAGUGCUCUGACCGUCUUCGAGGGUUUCGGCACCAACGAAUACAUCCUUAGCAAUGCCAUGGAGAUGAUCUUUAAUCGCUCCAUUGAGGAGCAAAACUUCCGCUACAUGGGAGCCAAGCUAUACGGCCUGCUCGAUUUGAUUGAUCUUAGGGAGGAUAGUUCCUUCCGCGUGUUACUCAAUUUGAAACUCGAAUACCAUCGCAAUGAGAUUCUCAAGUACAUGCAAAAUGAACAAUCUAAAGUUCGUGGAACAACUUUAUUCCUUGCUGAAUUGUACAUGCAACUGCGCAACGAUGGCAAUCGUAUCAAAGACAUCGCACAAAACAUUGUCUUCUCUAUAAACCAACUCUUGCGGAAGACAACUCCCGAGAAUAUGAAAUGCAUUUGUUUGACCUUAAAGCUUGCUGGAUACGAUCUUGAGUUUGAUUGUCAGGCUGAUAUGAAAGUCAUUAUGCAAAAUCUGACCUCUGUUAAUGCCUUGGAUGUUAGUACCAGUCGGAUUCUGGAAAACGUGCUCAACCUGCAGAAGAACAAGUGGGGUAGAAUGUCGGAGCCGCCAGCAGCUGUUAUUCAGCCAUUUAACAAUGCCAAUAGUGUUCGUCUGAGUGACGAUCCUGUGUUCUAUGGUCCCGAUGGCCAGAUAUUGACCGAGGAAGAGAGCAACUUUUUGGUAGCCAAUUUAGCUGCUAGCGAUGGAUUAGAGGGAUCCGAUUCGGAUUUGGAAGUUGAUCCGGAAAUGGAUGCUGAAACGAGGAAGGCUUAUAAGGCGUUCUUGAAGCAGCAGGAUCUACAGCAUCAUUUGUAGGAAUAAUAAUAUGCAGCUGAGUUGUAGUUGUUUAUUAAUUUCCCUCGCGCGCAGCAAUGUUGAAACCGUACAUUUAUAUACUAUACAUAUACAUUAUAUAUAUAUAUAUUUUUUUUUUUAUUAUAUAUUUUUU